AUGUUGAUCAUUAUCUUCUACAUUUCUUUCGUUGCGGGUAUUGCCCUUACAGUAGACAAGCCAUUGCACCUCGUCAAAAAUGACUAUCAACUUCUCACUGUCACCUGGCUCGCUCUUGGGCUCUGUGCUAUGUUGCCGCCUCACUACCACCCCCGUGCCACCAAUUUUGUGGUCGCUGUUGAAGGCCAGACUCAGACAUGGAUGAUUCAAGAGAAUGGUGCUGACCCAGCCACCACGACACUCAACCCAGGACAGCUGACCAUCUUCCCCAGGGGCAGGUGCGGCUAUGCCACGCUUAUUUCAGCCCUUGACUCCGAUGAUACGGGCACCUUGAGUAUACUCAACGGCCUUUUCAAGUUGCCCAAUGACAUGGUUCAGGCUGCUUUCGGAGGCAUUUCGGGAUCGAAGAGUAGCGAAGGAAGUGGAAAUCGCGUUCCUGGUGUGGGUACCGGAGCUGCCCUCGGAUCCGAAGAGUGCUUGGCUAGGCUGAGCGAACCGUUUCAAUUUGCUUGUGAAGUAAUGAACAAGAAGAAAGAACUUCUUUCUGGGGGGUUAGAGAAGCGUCACUCAGCACGCGAGUUGAAGCACUCUUAUCUCGUGGCCACUGUACCAAAAGAGCUUUGGAUAAGUCCUCAGAAAACUUGUGAAGCUGAAGUCUCCAUUGCGACCAUCAUGUCUCCAGCCCACAUAAAAUCUUGUCAAGCGAGCAUGGAAGCGUCAGGAACUUAG